UGGUGUUCUGAUGACGGCGGUGGUGAUCGUAGCGGCGUGCGUGAUGGCGGAGGUGGUGAUGGCGGUGGCGGUGAUGGUGGCGGUGGCGGUGACGUCGGCACUGACAGUUUCAGCGAUGAUGAUAGUGGAGGCGGUGACUUCAAUAGCAGAGAUCGUGGCGGCGGCGAGGAAGAUUUAGCUGAUGUUGGGCGACAAGAGGUCCGCGAAGGACUUUCUGUCGAUGGACACGACGACUGUGCGCAAAUGGUGAGUGAAGCACCGGAAAAUCAGGCGAAGGAUAAGGAGGAGGUAUUCCAUCAGUGGCUAUUAGGGCGCACUGCAUCAAUGAUCCAGAGACUGUUACUCAUAGAACGGCAGAGAUUCUGGAUGGAGGUGGCAACGACGUCGAUCAAAGCGAAGGCAGUUAGACAGGGUGAAAUUCUGGCGGUAGAAGUGGAAACGUUUGUGAAAGCAAGUAGCGGAGAUGUUGAGCGAGAAAGGUCUGCCACUGGAGAUAUCAACUAUGUCGAAGCAGACGGAUGGGCUCUAAUGUGUAGAGUGAGGGAAUGUAGUAGUGGCUUUGGUAACGAAGUACGCAGCGGAGAUUACCGCGAGACGAUUGGGAGAGAUCCUUACAGUGGAGAUGGCAACGACUUCGAAAGUACGCAGCGGAGACUAUUGCGAGACGAGUGGGAGAGAUCCUGCCAGUGGAGAUGGCAACGACUUCGAAGGUACGCAGCGAAGACUACCGAUACAAGAGAGGAAGUGAUCCUGCCAGUGGAGAUGGCAACGACUUCCAAGGUUCGCAGAAGAGACUCGCGAGACGAGUGGGAGAGGCCCUGGCAGAGACGGAGGGCACGCAGUGGGGACUGCGGCGGAGGGAGGUUGGAUGCGUGGGAGGGGCGCUGCCCGAGGGCCGGGUGGGGCGGCGCUGCUGUGCGGGGGCGGGCGAGGGCGCCGGCGCUGGCGCUGCGGUUCGACCCCUGCUGCCCUCUCGGCGGCGCCGCCCGCACGUGCGCCGAGCCUCCCGCGCCGCCCGCGCCGCCCGCUCACUGCCAAGGUCGCCGGCGCGGCGCCGCGACGCGGCUGCUGGUGCUUGUGGUGUGCGAGAGAUGGAUGAGACAGGGAGGGCAAAAGGGUGGUGGUGGAGAGGGAAGGGCAUGGAACGAGGGAGAAUGGGAGGGACUGAACUUGAGAGGGGGUGUCGGAUCGUCGCCGACCCGGCACCCCAGACGUCACGUGGCCUCGCAGGUGUCUCAGCCCGAGCCAUGUAUUUUACGAAGAGCCACCAUGGAGCUCCCCGGGCUGCGUUGUAAAAGUAGGAGUCGGAGUUCGGGUUGA